AUGAAGGCGCGUCGCUACGAGCAGCCAUCGAAAGUCGUCGAAAAUGACAAACUUGACGUGCUCCAUGCGUAUCUGCUACUCCUGACCAAAGCUUUCGGAGAAAUCGUGACGGGAAAAGAAGCGAAAAGACUUCACUUCAUCGUCCCAAUACUUGCCUGCGUUUGUGGGCUUUUUGAUGGAGAAGUCCGGAUUCUCGCUGAAGAGACAGUUACCGGGAAACGAGUACAUGGAGACGGGUCUUUUGAAUUUGUGAUUGAACGUGGCAGUAAACGUGUGUGCAUCGUGGAGGCGAAACGAGAUGAUUUUCAGCAGGGCCUCGCGCAGGCUUACGUAGGGUGCGAAGUACUCGCAGAUGUCGAAGGAUUGACGAAGCUAUACAGCAUCGUCACAAAUUUCAAGGAAUGGUACUUCUCCAGAAGUCUGGAUGACAGAAUCGAGCGAUUUGAUGCAACGAUUAAUAUCGUGAACGACAUUCCUACGCGAGAAUCGGUGAAGAUGAUUGCAGAGAAGAUCUACUCCAUGCUGUCAGAUGAUGAUGAGCCAGCCGUGGUCUCCAACGAGGCUAUCCAAUGA